CACAUUUUUCUGGGUUUUUAUGCCCGCCCCCGGUAAAGCCAGUAGCGGCGAUGGCCAACACAUUUCGCAACUUGUCUUGAAGUACCAUCCUACUGGCAGUGUGUGGUAGUCCUCGAAGCGUACAAAGGUGAAACGGUGGCGCAGAGCGCUCCAGCAAUGGCUAGCAAUAGUUCACUCCCAGCGCUGAAACAAAACGAAGUAGACUCGUCGCUACGGUAUAUCGAUUGACAUUCCUGUCAUUCUUUCAUCAUGGGACAACAAAUUUCCGCCGAGAUUGGCACAGGAUUUGGUGCGGAUUUCUGUGCCAAUCUUGACGAUAUCAUGGAAACCAAAACCGAUGAAGAAAACGGUGGUACAGAGAUUAUAGCCACAGGUCCAUUGCGCCCUGCAACCAAGCCAGAACCUACGUGUCAAGAAAAGGAACAACCGCUUCGUCCAUUUAAACGGAUACUGUGGAUUGUAAUCCUUAUAGUCUUGAUAUUUGCAACGCUGGCUGCAACAGUUUCAUUGGUUUACCUGAAGCUUAUGAAAGAUGAUGCAGAUCAGGGAGCUGAUCUAAGCUAUGGGGAAACUCCCAUCAGACCAACGACAGAGGAAACUGGAGUUUUGCCAACUUCACAGUCGGAUUCACUGGGGGGAGGCUCAGUUGAUCAGAACCUUGUUGUAAAUGAAACCAGGACUCGAAACAACACAAUGUUUCAAACUGAAACAGACAGCGGAAGUGAAAGUGAAGCUGAAGAUGAAAGUGUUCCAACCUCCGCAGCGAUCUUCUUCCACAAUCUACCCUUUGACCGCGUAGAGUUGCCUCCCUUCGACUCUGGUGUUCUACAAGGAUACGCUAAUGAGACAGACUUUGAGCAAGAUCUAGCCGAAGCUGCGAAGUUUCUUAUCAAUAGGGUUGCCUUGAGGAAUCUGGGUGCCGCCGAGGCAGCGGGAAGUGUUGAUACUGGUGGAGGUGGUGGUUGGGGUGCAAACUCCAUGCUGAUGAAUGAUAGCAAUGAAUACAGUUGGCGUGGUGCAACAACUCAUAGCGAAGAACCACAAGGGUUCUUUGAUGUAACAGAUUACGAGACGAAUAAUCAAGAGAAUGGAAUCAAUGAAGCCGAUGCUGUGAAAGCCGACGACGAAUAUGUCUAUGCUGCUUAUGGAAACUACGUUGUGGUAUGGGACAAGGACGGAAAUCAAGUAACACAAGUGAAGAUUUCUGCUUCAGAAAGCGAAGAGGACGACAUGGAAAGUUCAGAUGGCAGCGCAGGUGGAAGCAUUUUUGCACGUUCUUACGUUGCAAGCCUCGCUUCGGGUCGAAAGCCGCAUGUUGAGUCUCUUUUGCUUGCAGGACACAACUUGGUGGUCAUCGUAUCAAGUUACAGAAGUGGCAACAGCUCAGAAGGAAAUCCCCUGCUUCAGAAUUAUCUUCAGACCCAAGUGCAUACCUACAGUACACAUCUGAAUGGCACUCUUUUUCAUCUUGGUGCCACGGAAAUCAACGGGCGGUUCUUGGACGCCAGAGCGGUGGGAAGCGUUGUUCAUAUUGCUACAAGCAGUAGCAUCGACACCUAUACGUCCCUUGUUGCACCGUUUGAUCGUGUGAAGAACUAUCCAACUUUGAGCAACGAGGAGUACAUUGCGCAGGUUCGAAGACAAGCAUCAGAAUUCGUUAUUCCUCAAUUUAUCCAAAGGAUGAAGAGCGAGCUGAAAGGAGAAGUGGGAAAGCUUCCAAAUCUGCUUCGAAUAAACCAAUGGCAGCCCCCGGCAGCUCUCGAUGGUUCUUUGGUUGACGAAAGCUUUGCUAAAGUGUUUGCGCAUGUAUUUGCAGGAGGUGUGAUCAACAGUGUUGCACUGAUCACAUCCUUCGACGCAUCGGCAGUGAAAGUGGAUGCAUCUACCAUGAGUGGCGAACUCAUAACGACCACUUCCGCCUUUCUGAGUCCUUCGCAACGAGCACACUUGUACGCGACAUCGACGAAGCUUGUACUAGCGACACGUACUGGGAGCUGGAAUGCCCCGCAAAAAGCAAUGGAAGAGGUAACGCACUUGGUCGUUCUGGAUACUAUCGGUACGGACGAGUCCAGCGAAGAAUCCGUGUCGACCAACUUUGUUGCGACGGGAACAGUCCGAGGAUAUCUCCUGAAUCCCUACUCUUUGGACAUUGUGGGGGGCAGGCUUCGGACGGCCACGACAAUCUCAAGACGCUGGCGUCUACAUGGAAGGCCACAGCUGUCCAGCAACAUUGUAGCUGUCGGAAACUCGCAUGGCAUUGAUGUGUCCGAUCGGUCUGCAGGACAGGAGGAAGAAAGCGUCGCAGAGACCCCUGCCACCGAUAACUUCAUCACUGUAUUGGACCUCGACAACGACUUGCAGGAGCUUGGCUCUGUCGCACUUGGCGAAGCGGGCGAAGUCAUCUCGGCAGUCCGCUUCUUUGAUGACGUUGCGUAUUGUGUCACUUUCGAACAAACAGACCCCUUCUAUGUGGUUGACAUGGAUAACGUGGAGAUAUUGGGUUCAUUCAAGCUGAAUGGUUUCUCAAACUACCUACAUCCACUAAAUGAUGACAACACACUUCUCGUGGGGAUAGGCCAGAAUGUCUCUGAAGAUGGAAUGCCUUCGGGCUUUAUGGUUACUGUAUUCAACGUCACGGAUGCUACUAACCCAGAGGCCCUCGUAAGCUACUCUGUGGAUGAUAGCCCACCGGAUAGCAGUGCGGCAAUCCAAAGCACAGCCCAAUGGGACUACAAGUCCUUUCGCUAUGUGGACGGAAAGUUGAUUGUGCCACUUGACGUGGUCGCCUACUCAACCGAGGGAUCGACUGCCGAUUCCAUCCGUCAAACAAUCUUGGGGAGAUUUGAAGGCUUUGUUGUUUUCAACGUUAGCCCAGAAACCAUCGAGGAACAUGUACGAAUAUCUCACAACACGCUUUCUUGUCACUAUUGUGGAUACUUGACUCCUCGAAGCUUUGUGUACGAUGGAAAUGUUAUGACUGUGGAGGGACAAAUUGUGUCUAGUACCAACCUUGAAACCAAGGCAGAACAAUGGGCCUUUCAUGUACAAAUAGAAGGUGAAGAUCCACGCUGCUGUUAUUGAAAGAAGAGGAGAGGCGCAGCUAUAUCGAGGCCUGCCGCAUUGUAAACUAGCUACUCCUGCAUAUUCUUCACUGAUCAGCUAUGUGAACCAUUUUAGAGCCCUGGUUUCGGUAUCAGUCACUGAUCAGCUAGCUAGCUAGCUACCGAUACGGUAGUUGAACAAUUAGCACCCCUACC